UGCACCCACCCUUGUCCAACGACGGACACGUAUCACCCUUCCUCAAUAAUAAUACUAUUAUAAAAAUGGUUACGGUGGCAAUAUUCGCAGAGAAUCGGUUCCGGCGAGUUGCUUCAAUAAUAAUCCAUCCAGUUUCAGCAUCUUCUCCAGAAUUUAUCCUCGAAUCGGUGGCCGGUAUACCACAUCGAAGGAAUCCCGAGGCGGGAAGGAUUCCGCAGCUGCUUUUUGGAGUGGAGGAGGUGAAUGGCGGUGGAGUACACUUGUUGCGCACCGGAGUUUUUCGUGCACAUUGCGGUCAUCGUGUUCCUCGUCUUGUUUGCGGGAUUGAUGUCGGGGCUUACUCUGGGGCUCAUGUCUCUCAGCCUCGUCGAUCUCGAAGUGCUUGAGAAGUCUGGUACUCCCAAGGAUAAACAGUAUGCUGCAAAGAUUAUACCAGUUGUCAAGAACCAGCAUUUAUUGCUUUGUACUCUGCUUAUCUGGAAUGCUGCUGCUAUGGAGGCGCUUCCUAUUUUCCUUGAUGGUUUAGUCACAGCUUGGGGAGCAAUCUUGAUAUCUGUGACAUUAAUUCUUCUGUUUGGAGAGAUCAUCCCACAAUCUGUCUGCUCAAGGUAUGGACUUGCUAUUGGUGCAACUGUUGCCCCUGUGGUUCGUAUUCUUGUCUGGAUUUGUUUCCCUGUUGCAUAUCCGAUAAGCAAGCUGUUGGAUUUCCUUCUUGGCCACAGGCACAAGGCUCUAUUUCGACGUGCUGAGUUAAAAACUCUUGUUGGUUUACAUGGCAAUGAGGCCGGUAAAGGCGGAGAACUCACGCAUGAUGAGACAACUAUAAUCGCUGGAGCACUUGAGCUUACUGAGAAAACUGCUAGUGAUGCCAUGACUCCUAUAUCUGAAAUUUUUUCCAUUGAUAUAAAUGCAAAGCUUGAUAGGUUCUUGAUGAAUCUAAUUUUGGAGAAAGGACACAGCAGAGUGCCUGUCUAUUAUGAACAACCAACCAACAUAAUCGGGCUUAUUCUGGUGAAAAACUUGUUGACUGUUCACCCGGAGGAUCAACUCCCGGUGAAGAGUGUCACUAUCCGCAAGAUUCCAAGGGUUCUAGAAACUUUGCCCUUAUACGACAUUUUGAAUGAAUUCCAAAAGGGCCACAGCCACAUGGCUGUGGUUAUAAGGCAGCAUAACAAGGCAUCGAAUUCUCCAACCCCAGAUGCAAUCAAGGAUGUGAGACUUGAGAUUGACGGUGAAAAGCCUUCACCCGACAAAAGUGUGAAGCCCAAAAGGCCACUGCAAAAAUGGAAGAGUUUCCCAAACUCAGGCAGCAAUUCUUUGAGAGGUAGCAGCAGGGGGAGAAAGUGGACUAAAGACAUGUAUUCGGACAUUCUACAAGUCGAUGGACAUCUACUGCCGAAGCUCCCUGAAGAAGAAGAAGCUGUUGGGAUAAUAACCAUGGAAGAUGUCAUCGAAGAGCUUCUACAAGAGGAGAUAUUUGAUGAAACUGAUCACCAGGUUGAAUAUUCAUAACACACACACACAUAUAAAUAUAUAUAUAUAUAUAUGUAAGGUAGUAGGAUUGUAUUGAAAAGUGUUGUAGUCUAAAUGUUAGAUAGUAGUUGGAUAGGAAUGAUUUUUUGUUUUAGAUUUCACGUUUGGUCAGUAGUGUUGUUGGCGGAUAAAAACACAUCAUAUGAUCGUUCCUGCGGUGAGACUGUGCAGUAUAAAAUUUUGUGUUACGUAUUUUCAUAAUUUUCCC